AGGGGGAAGCCGGCAGGCACGGCCCGGGCUGGCAGCGCGGCCGCCGAGCUGCGGCGAGGGGAGCGCUGGUGUGAGAGCGCGGGCUGCCCGCCCCCCGCCCGCCCCCGCUGCCGGCCGACAGAGAGAGAGAGGGGAAAAAAAAAAGCCAAAGGAAAACAAAACCUGGAGACACAGAAAAGGGCUCUAGGAAAAAGUUUUGGAUGGGAUUAUGUGGAAACUACCCUGCAAUUCUCCGCUGCCAGAGCAGGCUCAGUGCUGCUUUCUCCCCAGCGGCGCAGCCCGCGCCGGGCGCUGCUGAGAGACGCCCGGGCCUCGGUGCCGCGCCGCCAGUGCCUGCUGUGCCGGAGCCCCUCGCCCCGCCGGCCCAAUGCUCCUCCUCGGGCUGCUCCUGCUGACAUCUGCCCUGGCCAGCCGGAGGCAGGGGGCCGUCGCCGAGUCCGAUCUCAGCAGCAAGUUCGCCUUCUCCGGCGCCAAGGAGCAGAACGGUGUGCAGGACCCUCACCAUGAGAAGAUAAUUACUGUGACUACUAAUGGGAGUAUUCACAGCCCUAAGUUUCCACACACAUACCCACGCAACACUGUGCUAGUGUGGAGAUUAGUAGCGCUUGAUGAAAACGUAUGGAUACAGCUUACUUUUGAUGAAAGAUUUGGGCUUGAGGACCCAGAAGAUGACAUUUGCAAGUAUGACUUUGUAGAAGUUGAAGAGCCUAGUGAUGGCACUGUUUUAGGGCGCUGGUGUGGUUCCAGUACUGUGCCAAGCAGACAAAUCUCCAAAGGAAACCAGAUCAGAAUAAGAUUUGUGUCUGAUGAAUAUUUUCCUUCUGAACCUGGAUUCUGCAUCCAUUAUACACUUCUUAUGCCACACCACACAGAAGCACCCAGCCCAUCACUGCUACCCCCGUCAGCCUUGCCCUUGGAUGUAUUAAACAACGCCGUCGCUGGGUUUAGCACUGUGGAAGACCUUAUCCGCUAUCUCGAACCUGAGCGGUGGCAGCUGGACUUGGAAGAUUUGUACAGGCCAACGUGGCAACUUCUUGGGAAAGCAUACAUUCAUGGGAGGAAGUCAAGAGUGGUGGAUCUGAACCUCCUGAAGGAGGAGGCGCGGCUGUACAGUUGCACUCCGCGCAACUUCUCGGUGUCGCUGCGGGAGGAGCUGAAGAGAACGGACACCAUCUUCUGGCCGCUGUGUCUGCUGGUGAAACGCUGUGGUGGAAACUGUGCCUGUUGUCAGCAGAGCUGCAACGAGUGCCAAUGUGUGCCAACAAAAGUCACCAAAAAAUACCAUGAGGUUCUUCAGCUGAAGCCAAGGAUUGGUGUCCGGGGAUUGCAUAAAUCAUUGACAGAUGUACCCUUGGAACACCAUGAGGAGUGUGACUGUGUGUGCAAAAGGAAUACUGAAGGAUAAACCUGAUAUAAUUGUGCUGUUUUCUUUCAAAGCACAUUCAAUCAAUGGCUGAUUCUAUUAUGGGGCUUGUGCAUUAUCUCCUUCUGUAAUCUCAGUUGUUUGCUUUGGGGAUCUUCCGUCUUGAAGAUUUACAGUGAGCUCUAAAAAGAGGAGAAGCCAAACUGGGAUUAUAUGUUGUGUGACAGCUCUGUUUGGAGGCCCAGUGAAAGGAUGGGAGAAAGGCAUCAAUGAGGGAUUUAAAAUAUAUGUAUUGUUGUUGUUCCCCACAAUUUUCUUGGCAAUACAUGGAUUUAUAAUUUAGGAGUAAAAAAUAGAUUUAGAAGGCUGACAUCAUGGAGACUUGAUCCUGCUGGCUGUCUCAUUUCUGCAGCUUGAGUACAUCUGGCCUCUGGUUGAAAACACCUGAAAUCUUUCUGUGUUCAGCUACUCCUACGUACUCUAAAUCAAGCAUUCUCUGUUGUAUAAACUUGGGUUAAAACAGACUGUCGUUUUCUGAAUUAAAUUUAAUUUGUCUAA